AAAAAAAAAGAAUAUGUAGAUACUUUGGAAAAAAGUAUGGAGAAGCUUACAAGUGAAAAUGAUGACUUCAAAAAGAAAGUGGAGUCUUUAGAGACUACCAAUAAAUCCCUUCUCUUAGAACUUCAAAAGCUACAGUCCCUAAUCGAGGUUGGUUGUCUUAAGAAAAAUAAUGUAGCUGCCACUCAAACAGUUUCAAAGCUUUUUGACAACACUUCAAUGGGGAUUUCAUUGGAUACCUUAGACCUAUUUGAAAAUUGUGAAGACAAAGCAAGGUAGCAUUAUUUGAACUGUAAAUGAAGAAGAAGAGCUGUGAGGCCAGAUCUAUAACAAUCAUGAUAUACAGUGCCUUAGCUUUCUGAUCACAAGAGUCAUUGACAUGCUACCUAUGCCACUUACAAGCUCCACUGAUUGAAUACUUUUCCAUACAGUCUUAUCAUUCCCAUUGAUCACUGAUUGGUGUAAAAAAAAAUUGAUGUUUUAGAAUAUAUUAAUAAGCACCACUGGUUAAAUUAUAUUCUGUUAUAACUAUUUAUGACAGUCGUAAAAAUAACUUGAGUAUUGUUUAACAUUUUAAAGUUAUUGAUUUAUUCCAUACUUUAUUGAAUUUAUAUUAUUGCAAAAUAUGCUAGAGUUUUUACUUGAUGUGGAAAAUGAAAAUAAUUAUAUCUUGAUGUGAAAGCAAUAGGUAAAAAAACUAUAGUUUUAGUGAAAUUCUGAUGAACUUUUUAACUAGGGAUGAUGGUUGUCAAUUGUAAUUUAAAUAAAAUUCCUUUCUGUGUAAAAGUAUUUCUAGUCAACAAAAUGUUAAUUAAAAAAUUUAGUGACCACUGAAAUACCCAAAUUGGAAUAAUUCAAACAGUUUAACAUGUACAUCAGAAUGUACAUCUGAUCAGCUUAGUCUAAUGUUCUAAGUUCAAGAAUUUCCACUUCUGGUACAUAAGUGUAUUCAUUUAUUGAAUAUUCUAACAAUAAUCUAAGAUUUUUGUUAAGAAGAGUACAAUUUUCAGGUGUUUUUUUUUAUAUAUUUAAACUAAAUAAUAAAGCUACAAUCCAGAGUUUACUUAUUUGUGUGCAUUGUUUUCAAAAUAUAUUUUAUUAAAUUUCAUUUUGUAAUGAAUUAUCUACUAAAUUGUUUCUAUUAUUCAUUGAAAAAUAACUAUUUGCUAAUGGAACUUCUUAUCUCGGAUGUAUUGAAUAAACUGGCCAGAGUAGAUAUGCUUUUAUGACUGGAAGGAUGUUUGUAUGUUCUUUGCAUACUGAUUUUGUGAAUGGUUAAAUGUUUCUGCAUUUUUUGCAUACCAGGUUUUAUGGGUAGCUAGAAGUUUCUGUAUUAUUUUAAUAGAAGUUUAUAGGUGGCUGGAUGUUCUGUAUUCUUUAUGCACAAGUUUUGUUUCUCUUUAAAAUAUAUCAAAAAUAUUCUCGAAGUUCAUAGGAAGGUCCUCACUGCAGUUGUUGAAUAAUUAUAUUUAAUUAAGUGCAAAUGUGUGAAUGUAUAGUGUGAAAUUCAUAGGAAAGUCCUCACUGCAGUUAUUGGAUAAUUAUAUUUAAAUAAGUGCAAAUGUGUGAAUGUAUAGUGUGUGUGUCAUUUAAUGCUUACAUAUUUUGGUUUAGUGGAAACAAGACACAGUUUAAAUAUAGCAUAUAAUAAAAUAACUGGGUUUCAGGUAUUUCUUUUGUUGAUUUUUUUUUCCUUCUCAUUACUUUUUUAUGUCACAUUCCAGUGUACAUUGUACACAUGGUCAUGAUUUAAACUUAUAAGCAAGAAAGAUACAGAUGUGUAUUUCUUCCAAAUUUGUACAUAAGUACAAUGCCCUAUUAAAAAAAAAUUAAAAAUUAUUUUAUACGAUGUAGUCAUUUUUUAAAGCAUAUCAUUUUCAUGAUUUAUAUCCCGAAAUGUUCUUGGAGUAGAAAGAAGCUUCACUUCUCUUUGUCCUGUCUUCUUAAAUUGAAGGAAUUAGAAAGGGCCUGAGUGGUCAGUUUUUUCCCUUUUUUUUUUUUGAGGUAAUUAUUUAAGACCUUUAACAAUUUAGAAAUAGCAAAGAAAAGUGUAAGGGUUUAGUUAGAUGAAAUAUUUAUUUUAUAGGUUUCUAAGAACUUGUUAUUGAUAGUGUUUUGUAAAUGUUGGAUUAAUGUGGUUGGUUGAAAACUGUUUAAUCAUUGAGUUUAAGUUAUUUUACUGAUGUUAAUGGAUGGCCCUAGGCAAGUGUACCUGCAAUGUGUCUAUUUUAACAUAUCUAGUGUUUUACAUAUUUCUUUUUGUAAAAAAAAAUCAUUAAAUUGAUACUGUUAGACUAUCAGAUUGUAUAACAUAUAGAUAGAAAAAAAUGUCUUCCAUCUCUUACUAUAUUGGUAUUUUUUUGUCAAUACUUUGGCUGAAAUGAUAUCUAUUAGUCCAAGGCUCUCAAAGUUUUACUUUUACUAACAUUAGAACUUUACUCAUAAAUUGUGGUGCCAUCUAGUUUAAAAGAAAAUAUAUUUUUGGACUAUUCUACCAUUUAUUUUUUGAGAUAAAAGAAAACUUUUAUUCUGAAUAAUAGUGUAUGAAUAUA